AUGAUUGCUUCGCAUCUACUCGCCUACUUCUUCACCGAACUCAACCAUGACCAAGUGCAGAAAGUUGACCAGUAUCUCUACCACAUGCGUCUUUCUGAUGAGACCCUUCAGGAGAUCUCUAAACGGUUCCGCAAGGAGAUGGAGAAAGGGCUUGGAGUCACCACCCACCCCACUGCUUCAGUGAAAAUGCUGCCCACCUUUGUGAGAUCUACUCCAGAUGGGACAGAACACGGGGAGUUCCUGGCUCUGGACCUUGGAGGCACCAAUUUCCGUGUACUGUGGGUGAAAGUAAUAGACAACGGCCUCCAGCGGGUGGAGAUGAAGAACCAGAUCUAUGCCAUCCCUGAGGACAUUAUGCGGGGCAGUGGCACGCAGCUCUUUGACCACAUUGCCGAGUGCCUGGCCAACUUCAUGGGCCAACUACAAAUCAAAGACAAGAAGCUCCCGCUGGGUUUUACCUUCUCGUUUCCCUGCCACCAGACUAAGCUAGAUGAGAGUUUCCUGGUCACAUGGACUAAGGGGUUCAAGUCCAGUGGUGUGGAAGGAAAAGAUGUAGUGGCGCUGAUCCGGAAGGCAAUCCAGAGAAGAGGGGACUUUGAUAUCGAUAUUGUGGCUGUGGUGAAUGACACAGUUGGGACCAUGAUGACCUGUGGUUAUGAUGACCAGAACUGUGAGAUUGGCCUCAUUGUGGGUACUGGCAGCAAUGCCUGCUACAUGGAGGAGAUGCGCCACAUCGACACGGUGGAAGGUGAUGAGGGGCGCAUGUGCAUCAAUAUGGAGUGGGGAGCGUUUGGCGAUGAUGGCACGCUCAAUGACAUUCUCACUGAAUUUGACCGAGAGAUCGACAUGGGCUCACUGAACCCCGGGAAGCAACUGUUUGAGAAGAUGAUCAGUGGGAUGUACAUGGGAGAGCUGGUGAGACUGAUCCUCGUGAAGAUGGGUAAGGAGGAGCUUCUCUUCGGAGGGAAGCUCAGCCCGGAGCUCCUCACCACAGGCCGCUUUGAGACCAAGGAUGUUUCAGAUAUUGAAGGGGAGAGGGAUGGCGUCCGGAGGGCCCAUGAGAUCCUUGUGCGCCUGGGCCUGGACCCCACGCAGGAGGACUGUGUAGCCACUCACCGGAUCUGCCAGAUUGUGUCCACGCGCUCGGCCAACCUGUGUGCGGCCACUCUGGCAGCAGUGUUGCGGCGCAUCAAAGAGAACAAGGGAGAGGAGCGAUUGCGUUCGACCAUUGGAGUUGAUGGGUCUGUCUACAAGAAACACCCCCACUUCGCCAAGCGUCUUCAUAAAGCUGUGCGGCGCCUGGUGCCCGACUGCGACGUUCGCUUUCUCCGCUCCGAGGAUGGCAGUGGCAAGGGGGCGGCCAUGGUGACAGCAGUGGCCUACCGCCUGGCUGACCAACACCGAGCCCGGCAGAACACCCUUGAGUCUCUGAAGCUGAGCCACGAGCAGCUCUUGGAGAUCAAGAGGAGGAUGAAAGUGGAAAUGGAACGAGGUCUGAGAAAGGAUACUCACGCCAGCGCCCCUGUCAAGAUGUUGCCCACCUAUGUGUGUGACACCCCUGACGGCACAGAGAAAGGUGACUUCCUGGCCUUGGACCUGGGGGGGACGAAUUUCCGGGUCCUGCUGGUUCGUGUUCGGAACGGGAAGCGUCGUGGCGUGGAGAUGCACAACAAGAUCUACUCUAUCCCCCAGGAAAUUAUGCAUGGCACGGGGGAUGAGCUGUUUGACCACAUUGUGCAGUGCAUCGCUGACUUCCUGGAGUACAUGGGAAUGAAAGGCGUCUCCCUGCCUCUGGGCUUCACCUUCUCCUUCCCCUGCCAGCAGAACAAACUGGAUGAGAGCAUCCUCCUCAAGUGGACAAAAGGUUUCAAGGUGUCCGGCUGUGAGGGUGAAGAUGUGGUGACCCUGCUGAAGGAAGCCAUUCACCGGAGAGAGGAGUUUGACCUGAACGUGGUUGCUGUGGUGAAUGACACAGUUGGGACGAUGAUGACCUGUGGCUAUGAGGAUCCUCAUUGUGAAGUUGGCCUCAUCGUUGGCACGGGCAGCAACGCUUGCUACAUGGAAGAGAUGCGGAACUUAGAACUGGUGGAAGGGGAGGAAGGUCGGAUGUGUGUCAACAUGGAGUGGGGAGCCUUUGGGGACAAUGGCUGCCUAGAUGAAUUCCGCACUGAAUUUGAUAUAGCCGUGGAUGAACUUUCCCUCAACGCUGGCAAGCAGAGGUUUGAGAAAAUGAUCAGUGGCAUGUACCUGGGUGAGAUUGUCCGCAACAUCCUCAUCAAUUUCACCAAGCGUGGACUGCUCUUCCGUGGCCGUAUCUCAGAGCGACUCAAGACGCGGGGAAUCUUUGAAACCAAGUUCCUAUCUCAGAUUGAGAGCGACUGCUUGGCCUUGCUGCAGGUCCGUGCCAUUCUGCAGCACUUGGGGCUUGAGACCACCUGUGACGACAGCAUCAUUGUCAAGGAGGUGUGCACCGUGGUGGCACGGCGGGCAGCCCAACUCUGUGGUGCAGGCAUGGCCGCCGUGGUGGACAAAAUACGGGAAAACCGUGGAUUGGAGACACUGAAAGUGACCGUGGGCGUAGACGGGACCCUGUAUAAGCUUCAUCCACACUUUGCUCAAAUCAUGCAUGAGACGGUGAAGGACCUGGCUCCCAGGUGUGAUGUAUCCUUCCUGGAAUCCGAGGACGGCAGUGGGAAAGGGGCAGCUCUUAUCACUGCCGUUGCCUGCCGCAUGCACGAGGCUGGACAUCAAUAGAGAGUCCCUGCAUUUGGAAGGGGCUUCUUCUGCCUCCCCCCUCUUCCCUGUUGUAAUUUUAAAUUAUAAGGUGCCAUCCCUUGUGCCAGA